CUCGUUUUGUUUAUAUAUACUGAGACUUGUCUGAAUGAGCAAGGAAAGCUCCAUCAUUGUGGCCGUGAGGGUACGGCCAUUCACGGCAGCAGAAGAACGGAAUUUGGUGCUACAACCCGAAGAACAACAAUUUGCUGGAGAUGGAUCAUUAGCCGGCACAACUCUGGGGGGUAACACCAUGUCACCCUACCAGUUGAGCCGAGGUGUGAGACGGGUUGUGUCUGUGGUGGAUGAUCGUAUGCUUAUAUUUGAUCCACCAGAAACGAAUCCACUUACCAAAAUGCAACAACGAGCAUUCCCCAAUGCUACUUCAAGGAUAAGAGAACAUCGAUUUGUAUUUGAUCGACUCUUUGACGUUGACACUCAACAGGAAGAGGUGUAUGAGCACACGACUCGGCCGCUACUAGACUCUGUGUUGGACGGGUUCAAUGCCACUGUGUUCGCCUAUGGAGCCACUGGAUGUGGUAAGACUCAUACGAUUCUGGGUACACUGGAACAACCAGGGGUGAUAUUUCUGACCAUGAAGGAAUUAUAUAUGAGAAUGGAUGAAUUGAAAGAUACUAAACAUCUCGAUAUAAGCUUAUCCUACUUGGAAAUAUAUAAUGAAACUAUCCGAGACUUGUUAUCUCCAGAAACUCUGCAUAAGAAAUUGAUCUUGAGAGAAGAUGCAGAGCAAAAAAUUCUGGUUGCCAAUUUACUGACACAUACUCCAAAUUCAGUGGAGGAAGUCAUGGCAAUGAUUUUAGAAGGUAAUUCCAAUAGAACCAGUUCCCCCACCGAGGCAAAUGCCACAUCCCUGAGACUGCAUGCCGUGCUCCAAAUUAACGUGGUGCAAAGAGAUAGGACUGUAGAGUUAGAACAAUGUACCACCGUGGCAACGUUAUCGAUUAUAGACUUGGCAGGAAGUGAACGAGCUGCCGCCACGAGAAAUAGAGGUGCUAGACUUCAUGAGGGGGCUAAUAUCAAUAAAUCAUUGUUAGCUCUUGGCAAUUGUAUCAAUGCAUUAUGUGAUCCUAAACGUAGGAAUCAUGUUCCAUAUAGAGAUUCAAAGUUAACAAGACUUCUUAAAUUUCUGUUGGGAGGAAAUUGUAAGACAGUUAUGAUUGUAUGUGUUAGUCCACUGCUGCAACAUUAUGAUGAAACUUUAAAUACAUUGAAAUAUGCCAAUAGAGCCAAGGAGAUUAAAACUAAAGUGAUCCGGAAUCAACAUAAUUUGGAUCGACAUGUGGGGCUGUAUUUAAAGAUGAUCACGCAACAAAAGGAAGAGAUUGAAGAAUUAAGGGCCAGAGAAAAGGAUUUCAUUGCUGAGCAAAUUAUACGUGGCAGAGAACUUGGUCUGAUUUGCUUACAAGAAACUUUAAAGCAUUUAAAUUCCAUUAGAAAAAGGAUAAAUGUUCCAUUCAAUCCAGAAAAAUGGCAGAAAUAUUUCCUCUUGUGUAAACGGAAAUUACUUUUACUUCAAAAAUGUGAAGUUGAAGGUCUUUUAGAUACAAUUAAUGAUCAAAAAAUUAUUAAUUUAUCAGAACAACUCAUCUCAAAAGUAAAUUUCCAAGUGGAAGAAGCUGAAAGACAAUACUCUUCAGGUGAUGAAUUGACGAAAAUUAUUGAAGAUCAACAAAAUCAAGCCAUUUUACAAUUGGAAAAACUUGAAGGAUGGACAACAUACCACGUUGAAGUGUUUAAGGAACUUAUUCAAUCACUCAAGGAAUCGUUAGAACGGGAAAUUCUAUUCAAUUCCUCAAUUCUUUUCGAUCAUGUCAUACAUCAAUUGGAUCCAUUUCUGAUGGGUCUUGUUAAUGAGAGAUCAGAAGAUGUGAUUGGUAAGUUGACUAGGAAACUUGAAACGUUGGUUAGUGGGGAAUAUGAUUCACAGGUGGAGAGCUGCACUGCGGCAUUCAUGAAACUGAAGAUGUAUAAACAAACCGUUGAUGAAUCAAUGAAUGGUGAAGAUGAAGAUGAUGAUGUACCAGAUAGAUAUAGAUUCCUGACACAAUCAUCAUUGCCACAACUGUUCCAAAAAAGAUCACAUUCUCCAGUAAAGGUAUCUAAACCACUGAAGAAACCUGUAAAGGCUGUAAGAUGGGAUGGAGAAAGUGAUAUGAGUAUGGGGGAUAUCAGUAUAGAUAACAAUACAUUUUUUGAAAAUGAAGUCCCUGCUAGUGAUUUGGACCUUUCUUUCAAUCCAACUAUUGAAUCUCCACCUUCCAAACCACCACCUUCUACUCAUAAUAUAUUAGAAGAACUCAAACCACAAUUGCGAGCACCAUCAAGUAUCCCGAUUAAAAGCUUUUUAAAUCAAGAGAAAAAGACUCCGCUUCUCAAUAAGGGAGCCAGUAAAGUCGUGGAAACGGUUAUACCGAACGGUGCUAACACCUCGCCGUUCAAGAACAAACUUAACUCGCUAGGAGCCCCUUCAAGGGUCAUAAAUAAUAGCUUUCCUCCAGAGCAGGAAUUAGCCAGGAAUGUGCAUAGUAAUGGAUCGGAAAAGGUCGAUUAGAUAGAGUAAUGAUUUAACGAAAUAAA